UACCGGUCACUGUUUUCAUAAAUUAUUGUUAUUUCUUCAAUGAAUUGGUUUACAUUUUCAUGUUUCUUCUUCUUUUCAAUUUUGAUCUACCAAACCUUUGCAAAAAGGCUGAGCCCACGAGAAAACCGGAUUCUACGAGCAAACUGUGGAAGAUAUGUGCCAGGAUUUACCACUUUGUCCUCUCAUCGCAGAACUUCUGAGGAAUACAAGGCAUUGUACGGUAAAGAAGUGAAAAUUGGUGAAGCCCCAUGGGCGGUCUCAUUGGCUAUGAAGAAGCGAAUUUCUGAUGGCUCGGGAUCUUUUAGAAACGGCGGAAAUAAGUUUUCGGAAAAUGAAUUUGUUCAGCAUGGAACCGGAACAUUAGUCUCUCCAUGGCAUAUUGUAACAGCUGCUCAUUUGAUCGGAAUCAGUGAGGAUCCUCUGCCUGACUGUGAUACUGGAAAUCUCAGAGAAGCGUAUUUCGUGAGAGACUAUAAGAAUUUCGUGGCAUUCGUUAAUGUGACAUGUGCGGUUCCAGAGAUGUGUAAGGGAUUGCAUAGGAAGGAUAUGUUCAAGCCACUGGCGAUAAAGUCGCUCUACAUCCGAAAAGGCUAUGUCGGAGAUGGUUGCAUUGAUCGAGAAUCAUUCAACGACAUCGCCGUGUUCGAAUUGGAAGAACCCAUCGAAUUCUCAAAAGACAUAUUCCCAGCCUGUCUUCCAUCUGCUCCAAAGAUCCCGAGGAUCAGAGAAACCGGAUAUAAGCUUUUUGGUUAUGGAAGAGAUCCUUCGGAUAGUGUUUUGGAGUCUGGAAAGUUGAAAUCGCUAUACUCGUUUGUUGCGGAGUGCUCCGACGAUUUCCCAUAUGGCGGGGUGUAUUGUACGUCGGCAGUGAAUAGAGGAUUGUCUUGUGAUGGUGACAGUGGCUCGGGAGUUGUCCGAACAUCGGACACUCGAAAUGUUCAAGUUCUCGUAGGUGUUUUGUCAGCCGGAAUGCCUUGUCCAGAACUCUACGAUACCCAUAAUCGUCAACGUCAGCAACGGAGACAGCUGACUCAAGAGACUGAUCUUCUCGUGGAUGUCUCGGCACACGUGGAUUUCUUCUGCACGUGCUGUGGAAUGUGCAGUUGAAAGUUUAAGAUUCAAACAUUUCAUUUCGUUUUUAAUAUAAGAAUGCUGAAAUAAAAGUGAACGUUGAGUAA